AAUUAAUUAAUAAAUAAUUAUCCCAAUUGCCUAACGGGACAAAAGAAUGCUGUCUUGAUGUGAACGUAUAAUAGCCACAUUCAGGAUAUGGCACAGGACAGCCAAUAACAUAAAAACUAGGAUGCGAGGUCAACAAUCAGUGGAGACUCCGGUGGGAGUUCCGGCCACCAUCGUAUGGGAUGCUUAUCGUGGCCUUGAGCUGGGAAGGCUCGUUGAUCAACUUCUUGGUGACGUUAUUGGCAAAGUAGAGGUUGUACAAGGCGAUGGAGGCGUUGGUACUAUUAUCAAACUUACAUUUCCUCCUGGAACUCCUGGAAUUGGUUACCUGAAGGAAAUAUUUACAAAGAUUGAUGAUGAUAAUCGUGUGAAGGAAACAGAACUCAUAGAAGGAGGUUACAAAGAUCUUGGCUUUGAUCUUUUUCGUUGUCGCUUGGAGAUCAUUGAGAAGGAUGCUAAAUCAAGCAUUAUCAGAUCCACGGUAGAGUAUGAGAUAGAUGACACCAAACCUGAGCUCGCUUCUUUCGUCUCCAUCAAGCACUUUGAGCUUAUGGCAGAAACUAUUGGGAAAUAUCUCACUGACAAGAAAUCCAUCAAAUAGACAGAGUUUAUACUCUUUCUGAUGCAUUUUCUUUAUUUCUCAGUUCUCAUGAUAAAGUGGACAACAUAUAUUUAGAAAUAAUGAUACUUCAAACUUCUGCAGAGGAUGCUACCAUGUUGAAGAUUUCUUAAAUGUGUGUAUCCAUAUAAUAUGUUCAACACGAUUCUGUCAGUUGGAAAACUAUCAACUUUGGUGAAA